CCUCAACAUCUCAUCUCCCAGGAUUAUCUGGGAUUGGGCAAUGGUGUAACGUGGCUCCCAGCGCAACGAGCGUCCACCUUUUAACCCACCCGCCUCUAUGCGAGCGGUACUGCCGGGGAGACCCCCAGCGAAGCUCCAGUCGUUCAGUACUGCACUGUGGGAUGGACUUCGCGUGAUUGCGUACAUAUCUGGCCACGCGCUGGUCAUCCUCGGCGGUCCGCAGACAAUCCUCCAAACUAUCUACGUCGACGAUACCGAAAAUCUAGAGGCGGUCACCAUUAAUGAGACAUCGGGGAAGAUUGCAGUGUGUGGUGGCUCGGAUGUCUUUGUGUACCAACCGUGGGGUAUCCAGGGCGAGACACCUAAGUGGUCUCUCGCUCACAGUUUCCGUGCCGACGAUGACGAGCCGACCCGUACCAUAUCGUGGGGUUCCCCGAACGAGCUGCUAGUUGGCAGUUCCCGCCUCGCCCUUUGGAUUCUCGACGAUGUACCUCGCUUGGUAUGGCAACGGAAGCUUGCAGGUCCGUUGAAAUUCGCACAAUUCUCCCCUGACGCGGCCUUGGUGGUGACGGUAGGACAAUAUGAUCGCAUGGCCAAGGUAUGGAGACGGCUAGCCUUUGGACCAAACGAAGUGCGGUUUGAGGUAUCAUAUCUCCCUCAUCCAAAUGUGAUCACGGGAAUACACUGGCGGCUACCAUACCACCGGGAGCAAUCGGUCGAGAACGUUCUUUACACCCUUUGCGCCGACAAUAAGAUCCGGGUGUGGGCAGUGACAGAUCACCAUGCUCUUUCACCGUUGCAGCUUUGGGCGGAUAUUGACAUGGAAGCAUCUGUCCAGCCUCGAGAUGCAUCAGAAAAGGACGAGGGAUCACAGAGGCGAUAUGGAUUUAUUCUAGAUAGUCGAGAUUUCUGCGUUGCGACAGAGCGCGCCGUUGAACAGAACUCCGGUAACAAGGAAAACCACGCCUUGGAACAUCUCAUCGAAGUUGCGAACAAAAGCCCGGAAAUUUGUAUGGUGAUUGAUGGCCAAGGCCAUAUAUCUGCAUGGGCGUUGGAAGACAUUGGCUCGAAGGCGAAGACAAAAUUGAGUGUCUUCAAUAUCUUGCACGUUGAAGGCCUGGAGUUUGGAUUCAUGUCAAAUUUGGGAGCUCAAGAGGAUUAUGCCCAAAUAAGUGCUUUCCAAAGCAGCACAUCUGACGAUAGACUCAGCAUCGUUGUGCACCACUUCGAUGGCCGGAUUGAGUGGUAUGACUCGAAGGUGGAUGUUUUCUUUGAUCCCGCGCCUCGAAGAAAUCGAAUAAUACCCAAGGCAUCCUGGUCUGGGCAUACUGCCCCUGUGAAGAAGAUUGUGCGAAAUGCAACUGGCGACACACUCAUUUCCAGAACAGACGAAAACAAGGCCAUGAUUUGGAAGCAAAAGAGACGUGAGGGCGGAUCGAUGCUUAUCCACCAGAGCGUGUUGUUAUCCGAGGAACAUAUUCACCGGACUUGUAUGAUUGAGAAUGGCAAUUUCCUCGUCAAUCUCCACCAUAAUGGGAUUUCGCUAUAUGACUACAGCUCCUACCACGCCAAGAGAUUGGCACAUCUACCCUUCACUUUAUCAAGCAAGCCAUUGUGCGUGCUUCCACUUCCCACCCCAGAAGCAAGCCCGGGCUUGGCUUAUGUGGCAACUAUUGGUGCCGAUAUGCAUGGCAUAGCGUGGGAACUGCAAUGGGACCCUCAAGCUAAGCAGCAUGGCUCAGCAGAGACAGAGCAGAGCUGCAAGCUACGAAAGUUCUGCACCUUUGGGAUGGGAUUGCAGGAAGAUUUGGCCUACAUUUUGCCUGUAGACCCAGCGGGACCCAAAGCUGAAACCUCGGGAUCCUUUGAUACAUUUGCUCCAGACAUUGCUCUCUCCUACACCCAAAGUGGUGUCGUACGCACCUGGACAGCCAAGGUUGAUCGUGAAAAGUCUGAAGUGGAGUGGUUGCUGAAGUCUACGGUUGACACUGGCAUUGAAAAUCCCUCGUUAGCCAGUGGAAGUACCAUCCGCAAAGCCGCACUCGUGGACAAAGAGCGGACUCACUUGACUAUCUGGGAUACCAACAACUCCCAAUUGGAGUUUGAAGAGCAUUUUGCGGAGCAUGAUAUCAUUAGAGAUCUCGAUUGGACCUCCACUCCAGACAAGCAGUCUAUAUUGGCUGUUGGCUUCCCUCAUAAGGUUAUUUUACUGUCUCAGCUACGCUAUGACUAUUUGGAUUCCAAUCCUUCAUGGACCCAGAUUCGGGAGAUAUGGAUUCGAGACCUCACACCUCACCCCAUCGGUGACUCCUGUUGGCUCACCCACGGCCAUCUAGUCAUUGGUGCUGGCAACCAACUCUUUGUAUAUGACAAGGAUAUCGAUGUUGCAGAUCAUCUUGUCUCCGGACUACGCAUUCCGUCCCGUGGACAGCCAACCGUUGACCUCUUCGAUGUUGUCAGCCGCUUGAAUGGUCCACUGCCUGUCUUCCAUCCUCAGUUCUUGGCACAGUGCAUCUUGGCGGGAAAGUCUGCCUUGGUCCAUUCGAUUUUGACGAGUCUCCACAAAAAGUUAAAGUUCUAUUCAGAGGGAGACGAGCUGGAUGGCUUCUUAGAUAUGCCACUAGAGUUUUUCUAUGAACAAGAGGCAUUACAAAAUAUAGCUUCAAAAGAGAUGCGCUCUUCCUUUGCCGACGCUUCUGCCGAGGAGGAGGAAUCCACAUGGAUACGAUCGAGUGCGUUGCAACCGUCGAAAAACAUCGACGAUCCAUGGAUGACAAUGCGGCACGCUAUCUUCUUUUUCUUCCGGCAGCACAUGCUGCGAAAAAGCCAAGGAGUGGCCAAUAAAGACCGUGUGUCAUGGCGAGAAAUUGUUUGGGCUUUCCAUAGUGGCAGCCAGGAUAUCCUCACGGAUCUUGUCUCGCGCCAAUUCAACGGGAAGCUUACUUGGAAGGCUGCCCGGGAGAGCGGCUUGUUUAUGUGGUUAUCGGACUUGACAUCACUGAAAGCACAACUCGAGUCCGUAGCUAAAAACGAGUACACCAAGACGGAGGAGAGGAAUCCCAUCGAUUGUUCUCUGUACUAUCUCGCACUCAGAAAGAAGAACAUUCUGCAAGGUCUUUGGCGGAUUGCACAUUGGCAUCGGGAGCAAGGUCCUACCCAGCGCUUGCUUGCCAAUGAUUUUAAGGAGGCGCGAUGGAAGACGUCCGCACUAAAGAAUGCUUACGCACUGCUUGGAAAACGGCGAUUUGAAUACGCCGCGUCCUUCUUCCUUCUGGCUGAUCAUCUGCGGGAUGCCGCCAAUGUUGUCGCUAACCAGAUGGGUGAUAUCCAACUCGCAAUUGCAAUCACUCGAGCAUACGAAGGGGACCAUGGUCCGGUCCUCCGAGAACUCCUAGAGGAGAGAGUUCUGCCAGAAGCCGCUGCUGAGGGCAACCGGUGGCAAGCAUCUUGGGCCUUCUGGAUGCUUGGACGGCGGGACAUGGCCGUACGAUCGCUCAUAUCACCGAUUGAGACACUCCUCCUGCCAACCCCAGCUUCACCAGGAAGCCCAGGACGAGUCACUCUGCAGUCCAAAUCCUACCUCUCCAACGACCCCGCCCUAGUUGUGCUCUACCACCAGCUUCGCGAAAAGACGCUACAAACACUUAAAGGUGCCUCCCAAGUUCGCCCGGUCGAAGAGUGGGAAUUUGUUCUCCGCAACGCCCGACUCUACGACCGCAUGGGCUGUGAUUUCCUUGCUUUAGACCUGGUCCGUCACUGGGAGUUCCUGGACACACCUCCAAGCCUGAAGACGCUACAAAACCAGUCUGCGCUUGAGCUCGAUCAGAACGGCGUCGAUUACCGGAAGCUACUCCGUCGCCGAAGCAGUCUUGUUGUUGCUGAUCUGCCAGUCCGACUUGCUAGUUCUGCAUCUGCAUCUGCCGAUGCGAAUAACAGUGCCAUUGCUGAUGAGACCCAGCAAAAACCUGCAGCGAAACCGAAGCCGAAACCGCCUCCGACUAUGUUUCAUGAACCUGAUGCCAACUCCUUGUUGGAUAGUUUUGGGUUCUAA